AUUCUUAUUCGUAAUCUUAGUCGAAAUUAGUUAGUGAAUGAAGAAUUAAGUUGAAUUAUCUUAAUUAGAGAGAGUUGCAUCGCAUUUUCCUUCUACUUAUGAAAUCUGCUUGGCAAAAACUAACCCAUCAAUAGUAAAUUGUGUUAUACUGUUAUAAACAACUAAGUAUAGGUACCUAUUAAAUACAGGCUUUAGACUACUAAAGCCAUUAACAGUUAUGCAAUCAACUUAACAAUCCUUAUAUUGAAGUGCUUAUCUAAGUUAAGUCUCCUGAACUGUACCCUAAGAAGAGUUACUGUAUACAACCGAAUGAGUAGACUUGUACCAUUCAGACAUAUCAGCUCAAAUUUUUGCCAAACAAAUUUUCAAUUUAGUCGAUUUUUAUCGUCUAUCAAUAUGGGCAGUGAAAAUGAAAUUAAUAUUCAAGGCAUGCGUACAAAGUAUCAUGGUAAAGAAAAUACAUUCCUUGAAACUGAUCUACAGUCUAUCGAUCCUAUAAAUCAGUUCAAAAUCUGGUUCGACGAAGCUGCCAAAACUCCUGGGAUUGCAGAGGCUAACUCUAUGUGCCUAGCGACUGCAUCAAAGGAUGGUAAACCAUCUGCUCGCUUCUUGUUGCUGAAGGGCUUUGGAACAGAAGGGUUCAAGUUUUAUACAAAUUAUAACAGCAGGAAAGCCCAUGAUUUGGAGGAGAACCCUAAUGCAGCAAUAACAUUUUACUGGGAGCCCCUCCAUAGAUCGGUGAGGAUUGAAGGCAAAGUGCGAAGGGUGCCAGAGGCAGAUUCGGACCAAUACUUCCACUCCAGGCCUCGGGCUAGUCAGAUUGGCACUGCCUGUAGCAACCAGAGCUCAGUGAUAGAGAGUCGAGCAACACUCACCGAGAAGGAGGCGGAGUUAGAGCAACUGUACGCGAAUAAGGAGGUUCCUCGACCACCUCAUUGGGGUGGAUACAUAUUGGAGCCAGAAACAAUAGAGUUUUGGCAAGGGCAGAGCAACCGGAUUCACGAUCGUAUUCGGUUUCGACGUUGUAAAUCGGGAGAGAAAGCAGACGGUCGGUUGACACAUGUAGGGGAGAACGGUUGGGUCUAUGAACGGCUCGCUCCUUGAAUCAUGCAAUUUUAGAGUCAUCUAGUCUUCCAUAAACUCAGGUCUUCCAACACAAGUUUCCCUUAUAAGUUGGAACAGUUUAUGGCUUAAGAUGUCGUAAAAUUAUGUCACAUACACAAAUAUUGUUUUUGUCAUACAAUUUAAUAUAGAAAGCAUGUUUUGUAAUUGUAUGUAUCUACUAAUUUCCUUUGAUUUUUUAAAACUACAUUUAUUUAACCUGGUGAAAUUAUUUUUAUACCUGUAAAUGUAAAAAAAGCUUACUGUGGUCACAGUGAAAGCACAAAAAUUAUAAUUUACUCUGAUUGUAUACAGCAUGUUACUAUCAAAAGCCUAAAAAUAAAAAUAAAUAAACAAUAUCAGCAAUCUGACACAUACACUCUAGUCCCGGUAAUCCUAACACGGUUAAUCCAAACGUCCGCUUAAUCCGAAAACGUUCCCGAAAUUAUUUUUCAAUAAAUUUGCACUAUACAAAAGGCAAUGGGAGGUUUGUUUAUUAGCAAAGAUUAAAUUUACAAAACAAUAAAAAAACCUAUAAAACAAAGAAAUAUUUUGUAAGAAAUAUUGCACAUACUGUACUGAAAAAUGAACUUAGGUUAGGCCUACUUGUUAUUAGAUAUGAAAUCCUGCAUCGUCAUUUGUUGUAGUUUUGUCAGUCUGUUUUUCCCCCCGUAGUUCUGCCAUUUUCUCAUGAACAUCACAUCUGCAGGCCUAGCAGUAGACUGUUGUUCAAGGUCAAGCACUGCAGGUCAUUGUGUGUCACUUUCUCCUCUCCUCCCCUGCCCCCUGGCUCGUAAUCACUACCCUCCCCCUCAACACCCUGAACAUGAUCUUGCGUCACUGCUGCUAUUAUGUCAUUGUUAGUCAGAGUCUCUGCACUAUUGCCGUCCUCCGCCAUCUAUUCAUCCACGUCCUCUUGGAACGUAUUUUCACAACCAGGAAUGUUUUCAAUCAUUGGUAACAAGUUAACUGAGUCAUUUUCGGUAGGGGUUUCUUCUAAAUCUUAAGAUGUCCAUAACUUUUUUCACGAUUUUCUUUUAGCUCCAGCUGUCACAUUUUCCCAAGAUUCAGCGGCCCAAUACACAACAUCCUUUACGUUUGUCUGUUUAAUUUUUAAACCAAGGGAAAUGCAUCAUCUUCAAUUAAGGACUUUAAAAAAUGUUUGCAAUUACUUUAGCUUCAGUGCCUGCAAAACUCCCUGGUCCAUUGGUUGCAGUAAAGACGUCACAUUUGGUGGUAAAAAGGCAGCCUUUAUUUCGCCACAUGUAAGUUUGUCGACAACUGGGUGGGACGGCGCAUUAUCCAUCAAAAGAAUGGCACAUGGGGGGAUGUCAUUUUCUUGGCUAAAUCGUUAAACAAAUGGUACGAAUUGGUCAUGGAGCCAUUCUUUAAACAGUUUCCCGUCCAUCCAGCCUCUCUUCUGGUUCCUAUAAUACACUGUAAAUGACUUCAUGUUAAUAUGUUUGAAGGCUUGAGGCAUAGCAGCUUUGCCUAUCAUCAUGAAAGGAAGCUUAUGAUUACCAGCAGCAUUGGAACAAGCCAUUAUGGUUACUUGGCCCUUACACAUCUUAAACCCAUUAGCACGACUUUCUGAUUCAGAGGAAAAGGUCUCAAAUUUAGGCCGGUUUCAUAACGCCGAUGAAACCGGCCUAACUUAAGAAAUAUCUUAGGGGGAAUAAUUUCCUUCACUUAUUAAAUUAUGAAACAAAGCAAGGUAUUACUGCACCGCAGCCUAAUCUGAGGUAAGUUGUUCACCGGUGACAGUAAGUUGCCGAAUAUUGUGGCGUUUUUUCCACCGGUCAAACCAACUGGUACUGUCCGUGAAGGAACAGGGUGUUCAACUGUAUUACCUUUUCUUGAACAAUAGGUCCACUCAAAGGGGUUCCCCUUUCCCUUUCUUGGGAGAACCACAGAAAAAGUGCUUCAUUAACUUUGUCAAACUGAGACUGCCACGCUGUUUGCCGAUUUUAUUGUCUCAGAAGACGUGUCAGCAAUUGCCCAUGCGCACAUGCCUCUAGGGCAAAUCAACCAUGGC